AUGCACGUGCAAUUUCAGUGAAGCUGCGUAUUGUUUACAACCUACAUUAUAUUCGUGUAUAUUGUCUCUGAUACAGGUAAAAUCGCCGGCUUUUCGAAACUGCAAUAUUUUAUUAUGGAUGAAACUGUGUGCUACAUAAAACCCGAGUAUUUAAUUACAAGACCGCCUAAGCAAUCCGUAGAGAAUGAGGCUAAUGAUCAGUCGCAUGUAGAUUUUGAGAUAGAAGCUCAAAACGAACCUCCUUCUAAAAAACCUCGAUUUGAGAAAGGAAAGAAGAAACGCGGACAGAACAAAAACCGCCAACUUCCAUUCAAAGUACACGAUGAUGCCCGGUUGUGCAAAUCAUUACUCGAUGGAGCAAACAGUACAGGGGAGAAAUGUGCGAAAGCACAUUGCCGCUUUUCGCAUGAUUUAAAAACAUUUGUUCAACUUAAGCCAAAAGACAUUAGCGACACUUGUUACAUCUACUCGGUUAAAGGGUACUGCAAUUUUGGAGUCACGUGUCGCUUUGCGAGUGCCCAUUUGGAUGAAAACUUGAAUAAUAAAGUUGCGGAGGGUGUUGCAAGAGAAGACACGAAUUUAGUCAGCAGAUGUCUCGGAUUUGAAUUGCAAAGUGUUUUGCGAAAAAAAAGUUAUAAUUUCGAGAAAUCUACUAGUAUUGUAGAAAAACAUGAGGCGUCUCAAAAGGUAGCAAAGAGUAACAUCGCAAAUACCGAUGAACCAGCGGCUUCAAAAGAAAUUGGGUUUUGCUCCGAUGAAGACUUGAUCAAAGUACGCAAAGAAGAGCGGAGGAGAAUAGACUUUAUGGACAAACUCUACUUGAGUCCAUUAACUACGGUUGGUAAUCUGCCGUUCAGGAGAAUCUGCAAGGAAUAUGGAGCAGACAUAACGUGUGGUGAGAUGGCUUGCGCCGUACCGAUAGUCAACGGCACCCAGCAAGAAUGGGCAUUAACGAAACGACACUCGUCGGAAGAUUUAUUCGGUGUUCAACUCUGUGGACGCAGCCCAAAGCUAGUAACUUAUGCAGCUCAAGUAAUCACAGAAAAUGCAGAUGUAGAUUUCAUCGAUAUCAAUCUUGGGUGUCCAAUCGAUUUAAUAUUCAAGGAAGGUGGGGGCAGCGCGUUACUGCGCCGACAGCCGGUAUUAGAAGUGAUGGUACAAAGUUGCUCCCAAAUGCUGUCCAGCUACAAUAAGGAGUUGACCGUGAAAACGCGUGUUGGUAUCUAUAACAACAAGAAUGUUGCACACGAACUGAUUCCAAAGUUUGAGGAGUGGGGUGCAAGUCUGGUUACGGUGCACGGCCGGUCCAAGGAACAGCGGUAUACCAAACAAGCGGAUUGGGAUUACAUACAGAAGUGUGCACAGCAAGCUGUGACAAUGCCUGUGUAUGGCAAUGGUGAUAUAUUGAGCCACGAAGAUUACAACAAUGCUCGAUUACGAGCUCCGGAUAUCAAAGGUGUGAUGAUUGGAAGAGGAGCCCUGAUCAAACCUUGGGUGUUUCAAGAAAUUAAAGAACAAAAAACUCUGGAUCCUUCCAGUAGUGAAAGGCUGGAGAUGCUGAAACGGUACGUUAAUUAUGGACUGGAACAUUGGGGCAGCGAUACCAAGGGUGUUGAAAAUACUAGAAGAUUUUUGCUUGAAUGGCAAUCAUUUUUAUAUCGGUACGUUCCCUACGGACUUCAGGAACGCCCACCGCAGAAGAUAAAUCAGCGACCGGAAGCUUUUUAUGGUCGCGACGAGCUGGAAACACUUAUGGCUUCUCCAAAUUGCGCGGACUGGGUGAAACUCAGUGAAAUGCUUCUCGGCCCAGUUCCGGAGGGUUUUCAUUUCGUUCCUAAGCAUAAGGCCAAUGCAUACUGAAGUUGCCAACGUUAGUACCAUCGAACUAUUGAUAGUAAAUAAAUAUUUUUGACAAAGUGAUUUCGUAGAUAUGUCGCGGCAUAUCAACUGAGUGAAAAUAACAAAGAAAUUUUGAAAUAUAAUCUGUUAAUAUAUAAAAACAAAAAGUUGAAA